AUGGUUAAUAAAAAAGAUAACAAAAAUGAAGAUGAAUGGGAAUUACAUCCAUUAUUCUUAUCAAAAAUCCCAAGUAAAGGAGACAUAGAUAAAAACUCAGCUCUUUCUGCUUUAAUAACUAUAAUUAAUGAAGAAGAAGAAAAAGAGACAUUUAAUUAUGAACCUAGAAGAAAAAACUUAAAAAAAAAAAUAACAGAAAAAGGAGAAGUUAUUCACACUAAAGAUAGAAGAAAUUUUUUUGAACCAUAUAAAAGUAAAGAAAUAAACAAUUUAGGAAUACAGAAAUUAAAUAAAAAUAUAUAUUUUAAUAAAUAUGAAAAUGUAAAUGAAGGAGUAAAUAAUGUGGAAAAUAGUGAUAAUGCUUCUAAUAAAAAAAAGAAUGAAGAGGAAACAUCUUUAGGUGAGUUAUUAGUUUGUUUGUCAAUGGUAAAUUUGAAAUAA